CCUAGACUCUUUUUUGUCAUUGGUCGAGGACUAAGGGUUAUCCGGAAAGCGCUCCCUGUACUCCCUCCUUUCUGCUAGCCGCCGCCAUCAUGGUGUUCAAACGCUAUGUGCAGAUAGGCCGUGUUGCCUACGUCUCUUUUGGUCCCCAUGCUGGCAAACUUGUGGCAAUUGUUGAUGUAAUCGACCAAAAUAGAGCUCUAAUUGAUGGUCCUUGCAGUGGCGUAAGAAGGCAGGCCAUGCCAUUCAAGUGCAUGCAGCUUACGGACUUUGUUCUGAAGUUCCCCCACAGUGCUCGGCAGAAGUAUGUCCGUAAAGCCUGGGAGAAGGAGAAGGUCGAGGAGAAAUGGGCUGCUACUAACUGGGCAAAGAAGAUUGAUGCUAAAGACAGGAAAUCAAAGAUGACAGACUUUGAUCGUUACAAGGUCAUGAAGGCAAAGAAAAUGAGGAACAAGAUCAUUAGACAUGAAAUGAAGAAACUCCAGAAAGAGGCUACCAAGCCAGCAGCAUAAAUUUCUCUUGCAAUCAAAUAAAAUCUGGUUUAUAGAC